GAUGCGCGUCGGUCGCACUACCCGUAACUUUACAAUUGUCCGGUUUCACCUUCCUUCCAGAGCUAUCCACUGUAUUGGCAAUGCGCGAUUGCCCCACAGAUCCCGACUUUCGAUAUAAAUGGUCACGCUCGACAUUGUUUCCUCCUCCGCCCCAGGACCAUACCAAAGCGGGACCCCCCUCCAUAACUUAUAUUUUUCCCAACAUCGAGUCGACCUAAAUAAAUCAUGCUUUCCACAGUCAGCGACGCGUCUUCUUCUCCAACUCGACGAGCCCUCCUCAUCGGAAUUGAGUACGGACAUGGACCCAUUAACGCGCGACUUAGUGGAACGCAUUCAGAUGUUGAGAAUACUAUGGAAUUACUGAUGACGAAAUAUCACUUCCAGAGGAAGGACAUCACGAUCCUGGUCGAUGAACCUGGCACAGAGGAUGAUAUGAAACCCACGAGGAUUAAUAUGGUACGUGAACUGCAAGCGCUCGUCCAGGACCCAUCACCCGGGGGGGGGUAUUUCAUCCUGUACGCGGGACACUGCGUGCAGCUCGACGCACAAGGCGACUCAGUCGAAAAAGAUGAAUACUUGGUACCAAUGGAUGCUGUACACGAAGGACCCAGCGCUUAUAUCCAUGAUAAUCUUAUGAGGGGUGACGAUCUGAAGCGUAUUCUUGUUGAUCCCAUCGCGACAGUUCCCAAAGCAAGGCUAACGGCUGUCUUUGAUUGCUGUCAUAGCGGUACUGUUUUGGAUCUCUGCCACCACCGAUGUAACAGGGCGUACAACCUCAAGAGCACAUAUCGUGGUCUGUGCAGGAGAGUCAAAGAGGCCUUCCCGGAACCUGGUGAAACCGCGCAAGCAUUUGCUGAGCCUUGGACAAUGUUAGCGUUCGAGAAAGUGUUUAUGUCAAUGUCCGUCGGUAAUCGGAGGGAGAAACGAUCCUCUUCAAGUACUUGCGAUGGGUACUGUACUCGGACAAGGCGCACAGAUGGAGGAAAUGUGCUUUGUAUCUCCGCGUGCAAAGACUCACAGUCAGCGUUUGGGAACGAACAUGGUGGAUCGCUGACGAGGGCGCUAGUUGCGACGCUGAUACAGAGAAAGAACCACAUCCGAUUUUGAAGGACCUCUAUCGAAGCGUCAGUCAAAGCGUUGAUUCUGUCAUCCGAAACCAUGUAAGGGGUUUGUUCAAGAGGGCAUCACAAAACCCACAGGUAUUUGUUUGGCCGUACGGUUUCGUUGAAAUAUAUCUCACUUCACUCCCCAGUUCUCGAGUCUAUCUCCUUUGGUACGUUUCCUAUUUCAGUAUAUUUUGUG